CAACCCUAGUCUCAACCCCAUCCCCCCCAAACCAAUCACCACACCACCACCACCAUGCCAACCGGCUGGCUCGACGUCCACGGACACUUCGCCGUGCCCUCCACGGCCGCAGAACGCGAAGCCGCCGCCAAAGAACUAACCGACGACCUCCGCUUCAUCACAACCGCAGACCGUCUAAAAUGGUCCGUCGAGGAAUCCCUCACCAACACCGACAAAAUGGGCGUGACCAUGCAAAUGCUAUCCAACGUGCCCUCAACCCUCGACGGCCUCCGCCAAGCCAACGACUUCGGGGCCUCAAUCAUCAACAACCACCCCAACCGAUUCGGUCUCUUCGCUGCCCUUCCCACCGACAUUCCCCAUGCGUGUCUCGAGGAAAUCGACCGAACAUUGAAAUACUCCACCCCCCCGGACGGAUUCGCCGUGCACCCAUGCCAUAACAAAGUCUACCUCAGUGAUAGAAGUCUCGACCCCGUGUGGAGCAAACUCAAUACCCUGAAAGCAGUCCUAUACAUCCACCCAGACGCCUACGUGCCCCAGUUCCGCGACCGACCCGGCUCUCUCAUUGAAGUUACAUUUGAAACGGCCCGAACGUUAACGGAUAUGUUAUAUACGGGGUGGUUUAAGCGGUAUCCCGAUAUCAAAGUCAUUUUUAGUCAUUGUGCGGGUGCGUUUCCGGGUUUAUAUGGGAGGAUUCUGCGUCUAGGGACUGAGAGCUGGGUAUCGAAUCCGGAGAAUAUCACUGUGGAGGAGAUGGAAACGCAACUGGGUCGAUUGUUUAUUGAUACGGGAGGCACGGCGUUGACGGGGUUGCCGGCUGCGGAGCGAAUGGUGGGGGUGAAGCAUUGCUUGUAUGGGUCUGAUUGCGGGGCUCCUUGUUCGACAAUUGAUACGAUGAUGCGGAAUAAGCAGGAUGUGGUGGAUUUUGAGCGCAAUACGGGCGUUCAGGUUGGGACUAUUGGGGGGAAUGCGUGGGAGUUGUUUCCGGGGGCGAAGAAGAGGGCGGAGAGUGGGUAA